AUGUUCUGCACAUACCGAGAGACGUUCUUUGAUGAGAUACUAAUGAAAGAUGCCUGCACAGAGUUCAGCCAGCUGCAGAGGGAAAUUGUGCUUGUCGAUCUGACUCUCAAGACGCACAAUGAUCUGCUUGUCAAAGUGCAUCGUGUUGUUUUUGCGGCUCGUUUGCCAAAACUGCAAGACUGUAUUUGUAGUUCCACCGACUCAACACUUGAUUGGUCUCGUUUCUCACAGAGCUCGGUGAAAGCAUUGACCGAGUACGUUUACACAGGCCGACUGGAGGUUUCCACGAGGACGGUGCAGCCAAUAUACCUUCUGGCUGCCUCUGUGGAAUUGGAGCAUGUACGUCGUUGGUGCGAACAGUUUAUGGUUCAACGGGGUUUUGAUGGUGCCCAAGAUGUGCUUUAUGAAUAA